AUGAAGGAAUUGUGCUCUAUUUUCAUAGGACAGGCGGGCGUCCAGAUAGCUAGUGCUGUGUGGGAAAUGUUCUGCCUUGAGCAUGGCAUUAGUCGCGACGGAACAAUUCAAUACGAUCCCACACUAACAGAGCGAAAUGAACUGAAUACUGUAUUUCAGGAGCUAACUCCUCGAGAUGUCUACAUUCCGCGUGCUGUGUUGGCUGAUUUAGAACCCUCAGUUAUUGACGAGAUUCGCGAUGGUGCCUAUAAAAACCUCUUCAACCCAGAAACCCUCAUCGCUGGUAUGGAAGACGCUGCUGGCAACUUCGCCCGCGGCUACUACACCCUCGGGGGCAAGGCUGUGGGAGCACUGACCAAUGCAACACGUCGCCUCAUCGAAAAGUGCGAAAACUUUCAAGGAAUAAUCGCUUUCUCCGCGCUUGGUGGUGGGACUGGCAGUGGACUGUUAUCAAUGUUCCAGGAACGCGCUAGCCUAGAAUUUGCCGGUCGUCACACGCUGCAAUUAAGCAUCAUACCUUCGGACCAGCUUGCGGUCGGACCCGUCGAAGUGUAUAAUUGUGUCCACCACCUUUACCAUUCCUCUGAUCACUGCGACCUUAGCAUUAUGUUGGAUAAUUCUGCCCUCUACAACAUGUGCACAAAAGAAUUAGCAGUGCUGCGUCCAACUUACACCACAGUUAACCGAAUCAUUGGUCCAGUUGUGGCGGGCGUAACAUCAACAAUGAGAUUCAAAUGUUACCUAAAUGCAAAUAUUAACGAAUACCUCACGAAUCUCAUUCCGUUCCCUGCUAUCCACUACCCAAUGGUCACCCUUGUUCCAUUCUGUACCAAUAUGGAGGCAGAACGUAAUCGGUAUACGACGCAGAUCCUAACACAUAUGGUUUUCAAGCCAGACUACCGGACCGUCUCAACGAUACCGGACGAUGGUGUGACACUGUCAACGUGUCUCACUUAUAGGGGACAACACAGUAUAGCUGAGGUGGCAAAGACGAUUGAGGAAAUGAGAGAGGAGCGUCUAACCCUCGUCGAUUGGUGCCCCACUGCGUUUAAGGUGGCUUACACACCACAGCCACCCACUACGGUACCGGGUAUGGGUCCAGACAAAAUUACCAGGUCACUCGUCAUGAUUACGAAUAACACGGUCAUCUCCGAUGUGUUCAACAGGAUCGCAAUCACAUUUACCAAUUUAUUCUCCAAACGAGCCUUUUUACACUGGUAUGUUGGAGAAGGAAUGGAAAUGGACGAGUUUAACGACGCACUGGAAAAGAUACGCACGACGGCAUCGGACAUUGCGGCGCUUGAGGCCGAAGGUGUCAGCAAAAAACAAAAAGAGGACGACGCCACCACGACAGUACCAAGGAAGUUAGGUGGCUCCGUAAGCAAGACAGACACUUCAAAUUCUGCAGGACCAAGACGUCUAAUUACAAGAGGAACAGGGAACAACUCGGCUCCCGAGCCUCCAAUACACCAAUUAAUGAACUACCAAGAGUGUCCCAUUUGGCUCGAGAAAAGUGGGCGAACCCGACCACGGCUGCGCAAGGGAAAGGACAGAACCCCCCUAAAAGACCAACUAGGUGACAUCUACCUCACUCCGAAGUUAUCGGCAACAUAA